AUGGCAUUGGGCAUUCAAGCCUAUGUGGUAGCCCUUCUCUGGAGCACCCUGCUGGCUUCGCGAUCCUGGGCACAGUAUUUGAAAGACAACACUGAAACGUCUAUGAUAAAAUAUUCAAUAAUAAAUUUAAAUGGCGAGCAGGUGACACUCUCAUGGAAUGCUGCACAACUUUUUUCUGACAGAAAUGUGACCAUGUUUUAUCGAUUUGAUGAACAUGAGUCAAAGCAAUGCCCUCAAUAUAUACUUGAUCAAGGAUAUCAUACUGGAUGCCACUUCAAGACCGAAGGGGAAGAUUUGUAUAUUUUCAUCAAGGAUACAGCCGGGAAAGAACCACUUUACUUUGAUGAACAAAAAAUCAGCAUGUUCUUUAAGCCGAACCCACCAGAAAAUGUCACCUUCCAAUGGGCAGAGGACAAACUGACUGUACAAUGCAAUCCGCCUCAGCAGCCACAUUGUUUUAUGUUCGAACUUCAGUACAAAAGCACAUUGAACCAAGAAUGGAAGUCCACAAAAGGCAGAUGUUGCAAGAUUGAAGACGAUGGGUUUGAUCCAGGAAAGUGCUACUCAUUUCGACUCAGGCUGGAAAGGUUGGAAAUUUGUAACACGAUUGCCUAUUUUAGCGAAUGGGGAGCGGAAACACAUUGGAAGAAUGGCAGUUCCAAAGAUUCCUGUGAUAUGGAAGCAGAGUCAAAAGCUAUAAUCCUUUUGACUUCAGUAAUGGCCAUGAUCCUGGUUGCAUUUGCCCUUCUGAUGGGUGUUUGCAGAUUGGAAAGAAUUAGAAGGAUCAUAAUGCCUGCUAUACCAGACCCAAAACAUAUCUAUUCAGACUUGUUCAGAGAUCACAAUGGAAACUUUCAGGACUGGAUUUUCAAAACUGACAAUGUGUUCGUUCAACCAAAGGUGGAAUAUGAGGAAGAAGAGUGUAUCAUUGAAGAACAAGAAAAGGAGGAUACCCAGACGGAAAAAAUGGAAGCCCAAGAGAAAAUUCCUUGA